AAACAAGCUUUUGGUGCCGAGACCCGGAGCCCCACCUACAAGCCCCUGUGUGUCUACUGUCUUGGCCGGUUGCCACAAGGCCACACCUCGCCCGCCCCAACGCUUUAUAGCACCACCACACCCCUCUCGUUUCUCCCCCAGCGUAACAUCCUUCUCCCAACUCUCAACCUAGUGCUCGCUCUCGCUUCGCUCUCCUCCUCGAGUUCUUGCGAGCCGCUGAUCAUCCUUCGCUCUGCGCUGGAACCGGAAGGUAUUUGAAUAACAGCUCGAAGGUUCAAAGGAACCUUCGUUCGUUGUAGGAUGUAUAGGGCUAAGAGAGCUGCACUGUCACCAAAGGUGAAGCGCCGUGUUGGGAAGUAUGAGCUCGGACGCACCAUUGGGGAAGGAACCUUUGCAAAGGUCCGGUUUGCGAAGAACACUGAAAAUGGGGAGCCUGUUGCUAUCAAAAUUCUUGACAAGGAGAAGGUUCAGAGGCACAGAUUGGUUGAACAGAUUAAGCGUGAAAUUUGUACUAUGAAGUUAGUCAAGCAUCCUAAUGUUGUUCGACUGUUUGAGGUGAUGGGAAGUAAAGCAAGAAUUUUCAUUGUUCUGGAAUAUGUUACUGGCGGAGAGCUUUUUGAAACCAUUGCUACUAAUGGAAGGUUGAAGGAAGACGAAGCACGGAAAUAUUUUCAGCAACUAAUCAAUGCAGUUGAUUAUUGCCACAGUAGGGGAGUGUACCACAGAGACUUGAAGUUAGAGAAUUUGCUGCUUGAUGCUGCUGGAAAUCUCAAAGUAUCCGACUUCGGUUUAAGUGCUUUAACUGAGCAAGUAAAGGCUGAUGGUCUGCUUCAUACUACAUGUGGAACUCCCAACUAUGUUGCUCCUGAGGUGAUUGAGGAUGGAGGCUAUGAUGGCGCAACUGCGGAUAUUUGGUCUUGUGGAGUAAUCCUCUUUGUUCUUCUUGCUGGUUAUUUACCUUUCGAGGAUGAAAACAUCAUUGCCUUAUACAAAAAGAUAUCCGAAGCUCAGUUUACAUGUCCCUCUUGGUUUUCGGCGGGAGCUAAGAACCUGAUUGCCCGAAUUCUUGAUCCCAAUCCUACAACUCGGACCACCAUUGCUCAGAUACUGGAAGAUCCUUGGUUCAAAAAGGGAUACAAGCCUCCUGUUUUUGACGAAAAAUAUCAAACUAGUUUCGAUGACGUUGAUGCUGCUUUUGGAGACUCAGAAGACCGGCAUGUGAAAGAGGAAACUGAAGAUCAGCCAACCACAAUGAAUGCAUUUGAACUGAUUUCACUAAAUCAGGCACUGAAUCUGGAGAAUUUGUUUGAGGCAAAGAAGGAGUAUAAAAGAGAGACAAGAUUCACCUCACAAUGUCCUCCUAAGGAAAUAAUCACAAAGAUAGAAGAGGCUGCAAAACCACUUGGAUUUGACAUUCAGAAGAAAAAAUACAAGAUGAGGAUGGAGAACCCGAAAGCAGGUAGAAAAGGCAAUCUAAAUGUUGCAACUGAGGUUUUUCAAAUAGCCCCGUCCCUUCACGUGGUUGAGCUCAAGAAAGCAAAGGGGGAUACUCUGGAGUUUCAAAAGUUCUACAGAAGUCUGUCGACCCAAUUGAAGGAUGUUGUGUGGAAGUGCGACGGCGAGGUCGAGGCCAACAGCACGGCAGCAUGAAGCGGCCUCCGAAACUUCCACAGGCCGGCGCUGGCUUUCCUUUGUACAUAGCUUCUCCUUCGGAUGAUCGGUGUCCAUUGCAGAGUCGGUUUUGCAAGAAUGUUCUUUGGUUCAUUGGUUGAUGGCGAGUAAGCUCCGAUGAAACAACCGCCUUCAAGGCUGUUGCGGAUGGAAGCGCGUUGCUUAGUCUAUUUUAUGGUCUGGAAGUUAGGUGGGACGGGAGCCACAAUCAAGGCUAUAAUAGUGCUGUAGUAACGAGGUAUUGAUGAGGUACAUCAGAUGGUGUAAGGGAGUAUCAAUUGUUAGUUCAAGGCUUCAAGCUUAGCCCCCCUUCAGUUUGUUCUAUGGUGUGUUACUUCAGAAUAAACACUACUUCUAGAUGUAUGACGUGAACACAGUUAGCCUGUGUCCUGGUC